AUGAAAUACUCCUUCGUUACUCUGGCCGCGGUGGCCGGAGCUGCACUCGCAGCGCCUCCGCCGUCCGCCAUCGACAACUUUGGCCCAGAUUUCUUCACCCCUUUCUGUAACCUCGACUACAAGGGCAAGCCAUGCGAGGAGCUCGUUGGGAAGGGCGACAAGAAUGCCGAUGCCAUCUGCAAGGCUGGCCGUGAGCACUUCUGCGGUCCUCAGAAGCGUGAUGCCGUUCCUGAGCCUCAGCCCGACCCCGUCGCUGAUCCGAUGCCCUGGUGUACUUGGCGCGGCCAGCCCUGUUGGAAGGAGAAGAUGAAGGCUAAGCGCGAGGCUAUCCCCGAGCCUGUUGCAGCUCCUCAACCCGAUCCCGUUGCCGACCCCAUGCCUUGGUGCACUUGGCGUGGUCAACCUUGCUGGAAGGAAAAGAUGGCUAAACGAGAGGCCAUCGCCGAGCCAGUUGCUGCAGCCCAGCCGGAUCCAGUUGCCGAGCCAAUGCCGUGGUGUACUUGGCGCGGCCAGCCCUGUUGGAAGGAGAAGAUGAAGGCCAAGCGUGAAGCUGAAGCUAUUCCCGAGCCCAUCGCCGCUCCCCAACCCGACCCUGUCGCCGACCCCAUGCCCUGGUGCACCUGGAGAGGCCAACCCUGCUGGAAGGAGAAAAUGGCUAAGCGUGAGGCUAUUGCCGAUCCCGUUGCCGCUCCUCAGCCCGAUCCUGUCGCUGAACCUAUGCCCUGGUGCACUUGGCGCGGACAGCCCUGCUGGAAGAAGACCAAGCGUGCCGCUGCCCCCGAACCCGCUCCCGAGGCUGAGAACGAACCUAGAUGGUGCUUGUGGCGAGGUCAGCCGUGCUGGAAGAAGACCAAGCGUGAUGCUACUCCUGAGCCUUGGUGCUUGUGGCGUGGCCAGCCCUGCUGGAAGGCUAAGCGCGACGCUGCUCCCGAGCCCUGGUGUAUGUGGCGAGGACAGCCAUGCUGGAAGGCCAAGCGUGAUGCCGGUCAAGCUCUCUCCAACGCCCUCCACGCAACUCGAUCCCUCGACACCCGAUCCGCCGACGCACCCAGCACCGCUCAUCUUCCCCGCGACGCCGCCCACAAGGCCAAGCGCUCCAUCGUCGAGCUCGCCAACCUGAUCGCCCUCUCUGCGCGUGGUAGUCCCGAGGAGUACUUCAAGAGCCUCGAGCUUGAAACCUUCUUCCCCGAUGCUGCCGCCAACGCUACCGCCAAGCGCGAUCUCAACACUCUUCAGGAGGAUAAGCGCUGGUGCAUGUGGCGAGGACAACCUUGCUGGAAGGCCAAGCGCGCUGCUGAGGCAGUUCUCGAUGCCGUCGAUGGCGAUGAUGGUGCUACUGGUCCUGGAGGUCCCGACUCUCACUACGAUACUCGGGACUUUAAGUCUGAGAACUUUGCGGCUAAGCGAGAUCUCAUUGCCAUCAAGGCAGCAGCUCGUAGCAUUGCCGACAUGUCCGAGGAAUAA